AUGAGCUUCUCACUACCAAAAAGCGAAUCGACGACUUCCUUGCUCAGAUCCUCUGCGGCGAACCAGAAACCUGUUCAGCUUCCACAGAGCGGAGCCCGCCGGAGCCAUCAUCGUUCUGCAGCUGCUUCUGGAGUUGGCACCCCUGCAGAGGAGUCGUUUUGGUCGGCCGACUGCGAUGCCAGUUCGCGGAGACCUCUGUGUCACCCCUCGCUGGUAGGUAACCGGAAUAGCGCAGCGAGGCGUUCAGGCAAAACCCAGUCCCACCAAACCCACUCCCACGGACACGGUCUCUCGUCCGCCCGUAGUCAGGAGGAUUUAUCUGAGCGGCCAGGUGUCAGCCGGGGAGGGAGGGAACGGAAGACGACGAGACACGCGCACCGACACCACCAUCACCACCAUCGGAGUGCCCGGGACGACCUGCCCACGGAGCCACGACAUAAACACUCUCACGCGGCUCGAAUGCCCACCCGAACUCAGUCUUUCUCCGAAUGCUCAGAUGACACGGCGUUUUUCUUUGAGCCACGGGACCACACACGACCCAGCUCGUCCACAAGCGGGGAGGCAGCUCCGCCGUCUACGGCUUCGUCUUCACCUGUACCCCCAUCCUCCAGUCGCUCCUCUCGCCGGUCUGGAAGAUCAAGCACAACAUCCUCUGAAUCAGACUUCAACCUUCGCCCUAUUCUUAACUCCGUCUUUGGACAGGAUCGUGCUCUGAGACCUGAGGAAAUCGACGAGUUACGGGAAGCUUUUAAGGAGUUUGAUAAGGACAAAGACGGCUUCAUUGGCUGUAAGGACCUUGGCAACUGUAUGAGAACGAUGGGCUACAUGCCCACAGAGAUGGAACUUAUAGAACUGAGCCAACAGAUCAACAUGAACUUGGGGGGGCACGUGGAUUUCGAUGACUUUGUGGGGUUGAUGGGACCAAAGCUGCUGGCUGAAACCGCAGACAUGAUUGGAGUAAAGGAAUUGAGAGAUGCCUUUAAAGAGUUUGACACAAACGGUGAUGGGGAGAUCAGCACAGCAGAGCUAAGGGAAGCCAUGAGGAAGUUGCUAGGGCAACAGGUUGGCCAUCGGGACUUGGAGGAUAUUCUGAGAGAUAUUGACUUGAACGGGGACGGACGGGUGGAUUUUGAAGAAUUUGUGCGUAUGAUGUCUCGUUGA